AUGUCCUCGCUGAAUGUCCGUGAUCUGAACAAUACGCGAAAGGCACAAAUGGAGCUGGUCUUCUUCAAUCGUGUGCCCAAAGUGGGCAGUCAAACAUUUAUGGAGCUACUGCGUCGCCUCUCGGAGCGCAACAAUUUUCAGUUUCAUCGUGAUGCCGUCCAAAAGGUGGAGACCAUUCGCCUCGCCGAAGAUCAACAGCAGGAGAUGGCCGAGGUGAUCAGUGAGCUACCCGAACCCUCGGUCUUUAUUAAGCAUGUGUGCUUUACCAACUUUACCAAGUUCAAUUUGCCAACACCCAUUUAUUUGAAUGUGGUGCGUGAUCCCGUCGAGCGUGUCAUCAGUUGGUUCUAUUAUGUGCGCGCACCUUGGUAUUUUGUGGAACGUAAGGCCGCCUUUCCAGAUCUCCCACUGCCUCAUCCGGCUUGGCUUAAAAAGGACUUUGAAACGUGUGUCCUUAGCGGGGAUCAAGAGUGCACCUACACUCAAGGUGUUACUGUCGAAGGCAUUGGCGAUCAUCGUCGCCAAAGCUUGUUCUUCUGCGGUCAUGAUUACGAGUGCACUCCCUUUAAUACUGUGGGCGCAUUAGAGCGGGCCAAGUUUGCUGUGGAGCAACAGUAUGCGGUGGUUGGAGUAUUGGAAGACUUUAACACGACGCUCUCCGUGCUGGAGAAAUAUGUUCCUCGCUUCUUCGAGGGUGUGCGAGAUAUCUAUGCAAAUAGCGCCGAGUACUUGACCAAGAUAAACAAGAACAAUUUUAAGCCGCCAGUCAGCGAGCACGUGAAGAACAUUGUGCGUCGCAACUUUACGAACGAGAUUGAAUUCUAUCAGUUCUGCCGCCAGCGACUGCAUAAACAAUAUUUGGCCGCCCAUUUGCCUCAAAAGAUUAUUACAGCGCAUCAAGGGGGCUUCGGGGGCAAUUAG